AAUUUGCCGUCCAAAAAUGCCUCAGGUGUCCCUUAAGAUUCAGCUGGACUUACUAUAGAAAAUUAAUUUUGAAAGGUUAGAGGGCCAGGCCAUCUCAAAUGUUUGUGACACUAGAAAAAAGGCAAGAUCAUAAAAAUCUUUCAUAAGAAUUAUAGCAAAUAGUUUCCGUGGAGAAAACCCAAGAUAAGGAGCAGCAGCAAAUGGGAGUGGAAGACAAGGAAAUGAAUUCUUCUGAUAGGAUCUCAAAGGCGGCCAGUCUGCUGCAACAAUAUCCUAUGCUCAAGAAAUAUGGUUGGUGGUUUCGGAUAACCUUAUACAUCCAUUUUCUUCUUGCUGGCCAAUCUACAGCUACCCUUCUAGGCAGAUUAUACUUUGAUAAUGGCGGAAACAGCAUAUGGAUUGCAACCUUAGUAACAACUGCAGGCUUCCCAGUCAUAAUUCCCCUCAGAUUUCUCUUCCCGCUAUCCUGGGUUUCUACAACAAUUACCAACACUUCUUCAAACAAUGACCCUCUUCCAAGACACAAGUCAUCAAAGAUCACUCUUUUGUUGCUUUUUCUUUUCUUUGGAGUGUUUUCAGCAGGUGACAAUUUGCUGUAUUCACAUGGGCUUCAGGACCUCCCUGUUUCAACUUAUUCUCUUAUAUGUGCCACUCAAUUAGCCUUCAAUGCCCUGUUCUCUUUCCUCCUAAACUCACAAAAAUUCACUGCAUUGAUCUUCAAUUCGCUAGUUCUCCUUACCGUAUCAGCCUCACUUCUUGCUGUCCAUCCAGAUUCGGAUGAUGGCUCAUCAACAAAAGUUUCCAAGAGGAAAUACAUAGUUGGAUUCAUAUGCACUGUUGGUGCCUCAGCUAUGUGCUCACUUCAGCUUUCUCUGAUAGAACUAUCUUUCAAGAAAGUACUCAAGAGGGAGACAUUUGAUGCCAUUUUGGAUAUGCAGAUUUGGCCCUCAUUUGUUAGUAGCUGUAUUUGUGUGGUGGGACUUUUCGCCAGUGGAGAAUGGAAAAAGUUGCCAAAAGAACUGGAAGGCUAUGAAAAGAGCAGCCUAUCAUAUUUCAUGACCUUGAUUUGGACUGCAAUUUCAUGGCAAAUUUCAUCAAUGGGUUUGCUUGGGUUGAUCUUUGAGGUGUCCUCCCUGUUUUCCAAUGUCGUUAGUACAAUUUCCCUGCCUGCAAUUCCGAUUCUCGCAGUGAUUUUCUUCCAUGACAAAAUGGAUGGGGUGAAAGUGAUAGCUCUAAUUCUAGCUGUUUGGGGUUUCCUUUCUUAUAUCUAUCAGAACUAUUUGGAUGAUGCAAAAUCAAGAAAAUCUGCAGCAAAUGAAGAAGCAUCUUUGUGCCUCGUGGACAUAAAGCAUUGAGCUAAGCCCUGAGGCAAACAAUAGUAGUGAUUAGUGGAGAAGAAAGUAGGAACUUACAGCUUACUUUUGGAAGAGGUGGUUACAGCCUACAGAACAACCAUGUUUCAUAAACUGUGAGAUCUUUACUUCUGAACUUCUAUUUUUUUCUUCUCCUAUGGCAUCAAAUAUAUUCACUCAUCAAUUUUGGUUAAUCAAUCUUUAUGAUUCCAAUAUGUAUCAUUCGUUUUUUUUAUCUGUAUCAACCCUUUUGUUUCAUAAUACAAAAUUUCAUCAAAAAAUCAAGACAAGAUAGCACUCCCUCCAUCCCAAAAUGAUUGUCCACAUUGAACUUCCAAUUUCAGUACAAAUUAUAUUUUUUUUUAAAAAAAAAAAAACUCCAAACUGGACUGUGCUUAUUGGAUCAAUUAAUUCACUCUGCGCUCUUCAUUUCUUUUAUAUAGGUCAAAUCCCUGAGUCUGUAGGCAAUGUGCCAGUAACUAAUUAAAACGGGAGAGGGUUACUAUAGUAGUACACAAGCAAUAGAUUCCAUACACAUCUAAAGGGUGCUAUGAGAAUGCCAUUUUUCACCAGCUAAAACUUUGCAUUCAACUUCAACUAAAACCCACCCACUUAUGAAAAAUAUCAGUCACUUGGAAAAGGUUAAUGGUCUUCAACUUUGCAGAAACUGUUCGCUACAGACACAUGUCGCAACCUCUGGUAAUAAUAAGCAGUCACGACACCAAGAGUAUGUUUGUUUCGUGUCUUUAGUGUGUGUUUUUAGGUGUUUUUUUUAUUAGGAAUGUAAAAAAGUUUAUUGAAAAUGUAAAAAAAUAUACUCAGAUGGGACAGUUAUUAUUAUUAUUUAAUUCUGAAAAAACCAACUAAAAAAAUAAAACAAACAAAGCCCAAGCUUCUAAACUAAUUUUUGAAAACCCAUUACUACUACAUAAUUACUUAGAAAUGCAGUCCAGUAAAUUUACUUUAAAAAAAAAAAAAGAACCAACAGAAUUUCCACUAAAUCACGAACUUUGCAAAAAGGACCAAAAAUAAAAUAAAAAUUAAAACGGAUUACUUAUCGGACCUGAUUUGGAGGGAGACCCGGUGAAGCGGAAGCUUCAGUGAAGGAACGAACUUGAUUAUGAUCGCUACGCAAUCCAUCGUUACAUUCAUUCAAUUCAACCAAUUGAUAUGAAUAUGAUCCAUAGCUGCUCUGCCCUCGAUCCAUCUCCUUCCGAUCCAUGGUUCAAAUGCCAAAACUCAACAUAAUCAAAAGGGUAACAGAUGAAAGGUUGUAAAUUUUGGGGUUUUUACAAGGUUUUCUUAUUAUGAACUCACGAAUGGCGUGAAGCCGGGAAUCGAUGCCGGGGUGGAUGGGUUUUUUCUCUUGGAUAGCGGGUUUCGCUAAUUAAUUGCGUACAUCAAUUGAUCCCACAUCGACGGGCGGCAUGAUCAAUGCUCGGUAUAAAUUAAUCUAGAUUAGUGAUUUGGGUGUCCAAUUAGAAGCAAUUACUACUUGGUAUUAUGCUCAAACACAAAGGAC